AUGGAAAGCACUAUUUCUGGAAAGAACGAAAAAGAAUUGAGACAUUUUAAUGAGGAUUAUAAACAUUUUUCAUUAGUGCGAAAUUUUAAUCUUGCAGACUUCAUUACUUUAGCAAAUGGAUUAUGUGGUUCACACUCUAUUUUUUCAUGUAUACAUUAUAUGAUCACAAAAGAAGAAUGGUCUCUCUGGAUUGGCUUACUGCUCAUGCCAUUGGGAAUGCUGUUUGAUUUAUUGGAUGGAAAAGUGGCUAGAUGGAGAAAGUCUUCCAGCCUUUUAGGCCAGGAAUUAGACUCAUUAGCGGAUUUGAUAUCAUUCGGAGUUGCUCCUGCGGUGUGCGGUUUCGCAGUUGGAAUGCGCACAUUUGCUGAUACUAUUAUACUCUCAAUUUUUAUAACUUGUGGUAUUGCGCGUUUGGCUCGUUAUAAUGCAACUGUUGCAUCUUUUCCUAAAGAUUCUUCCGGUAAAAUUAGCUACUAUGAAGGAACACCAAUUCCAACGACACUGUCUAUAGUAGCGGUAAUUGCUUAUUUGUUUACGGUGGGAAAAAUAGAUGAUAAUUUACCAGGGGGUGUAAUUGAACUAUCUCCAAAUAUCAUGAUACAUCCAUUCGUGUUGUUAUAUGCAUUGAGUGGGGUUGCAAUGGUAAGCAAAACCUUAAGGAUUCCAAAAAUCUAA